GAGAAGCAGGAGGAGACGCAGGAGGAGACGCAGCAGAAGGAAGUGCAGGAGCUUCAUGACGGACAUGGAGGACACGUGUGAAGGGCGUGGUGGAGAAACAAACGGACCUGUUCUGCCCAUGACCGAACUGACGAUGGCCAAAGAGCCACGAGGAGAGCCGAGACCGGGGCCGGACAUGAUAUACACCAUAGAGGACGUUCCGCCCUGGUACCUGUGUGUACUGCUGGGUCUACAGCACUACCUGACAUGUUUCAGCGGAACCAUCGCGGUUCCCUUCCUGAUGGCUGAAGCCAUGUGCGUUGGGCGCGACCAGAACACCGUGAGCCUACUGGUCGGAACCAUCUUCACUACAGUGGGCAUUACCACACUGCUUCAGACCACCCUGGGAGUCAGACUCCCUCUGUUCCAGGCCAGUGCGUUUGCCUUCCUGAUUCCUGCUCAGGCCAUCCUAGGACUGGACAGGUGGGCCUGCCCCCCUGAUGAAGAGAUUUACGGAAACGGGAGUCUUCCCUACAACACCUCCCACAUCUGGCAGCCCCGGAUCAGAGAGAUCCAGGGAGCCAUCAUGGUGUCCAGCGUGCUGGAGGUGCUGGUGGGGUUCCUGGGCGUGCCGGGGCUCCUGCUGAGAUACAUCGGCCCCCUCACCAUCACGCCCGUCAUCUCCCUGAUCGGCCUGUCGGCCUUCAGCACCGCCGGGGAGAGGGCCAGCUCCCACUGGGGCCUGACCUCACUGUGUAUCUUUCUGAUCAUUUUGUUUGCCCAGUACCUGAGGGAAUUCUCAGUUCCUUUUCCAACCUACAGCAGGGGGCGGGGCUUCAGGACCACCGGAAUACAAGUGUUCAAGUUGUUCCCAAUCAUUCUGGCCAUCAUGGUGGUGUGGCUGGUUUGUUACUGCCUUACAUUGACAGAUGUGUUGCCUAGCAACCCUGACCUCUAUGGAUACAAGGCCCGGACCGAUGCCCGCGGCAACAUCAUGAGCACCGCCCCCUGGUUCAGGGUGCCGUACCCAUGUCAGUGGGGGUUGCCGACGGUAACGGUUGCCGGGGUGAUGGGGAUGCUGAGCGCCACGUUGUCGGGCAUCGUGGAGUCCAUCGGUGACUACUACGCGUGUGCCCGCCUCGCCGGAGCCACGCCCCCUCCCGUCCACGCCAUCAACAGGGGGAUCUUCGUGGAGGGGCUCAGCUGCAUCCUGGCAGGAAUUCUGGGAACAGGAAACGGAUCAACUUCCUCCAGCCCCAAUAUAGGCGUGUUGGGCAUCACAAAGGUGGGCAGUCGGCGUGUGGUCCAGUUCGGGGCGCUCAUCAUGGUCCUGCUGGGUUCCAUGGGGAAGUUCACCGCUCUGUUCGCCUCAAUCCCAGACCCCAUCCUGGGAGGCAUGUUCUGCACCCUGUUCGGGAUGAUCACAGCAGUGGGCCUGUCCAACCUGCAGACUGUGGACCUUAACUCCUCCAGGAACCUCUUUGUUCUCGGCUUCUCCAUGUUCUUCGGCCUAACACUACCAAACUACCUGGACACACACCCAGGAAGCAUCAAGACAGGUGUAUCAGAGGUGGACCACAUCGUGACUGUUCUUCUCUCCACUGAGAUGUUCGUUGGAGGAAUCCUCGCCUUUUGUCUCGACAACACUAUACCAGGCACAAGAAAAGAACGAGGCCUCUUGGACUUUGAUACGACGGACCACGACACUGUGGAUAGCUCCGCCCCUGACCACGCCCCCGGCCCCUCCUCCUAUGACUUCCCGAUAGGAAUGGGUUUGGUGCGGCGGGUGGGCUGGCUCCGCCGGCUGCCCAUCAGCCCCACCUUCCAGGGCUUCCGGGCUCGAGUGCGGACGACCGACACCGAGGAAAACACCGAACUGUUCCCGAAUGACACCCCGACACUACCCGAAGGGGCGGGGGAGCCGUUCUCUCCCGGGCCGGUGGAGUACCGGAGUGUCAUGACGGACUCCCAGCCGUCUGCCGUGUUCCUCCUCUCGUUCCCAGCCCACCCGGCCGCCCCGGAGGCCGGCUUGUCCCUAGCAGAACCCGCCGAGCCCACCACCAACGUCACGGCGAACGACUACUACCAGAACCGAGCGGACCCGCUUAUCGUACACCAAGACUCGGACCUCAGUUACACCUCUCUGACCGCGGAGGACGCGAGGCCGCCGGACAAUUCCUCCUCCUCCUCCAUGCCGACCGAGCACACGGAGGAUGCUAGGGUAGACACGGUCCCGGGGAGAAGCCCGGACCGGACCAGCUCACCCGUCGGCACCGCCACCAUCAUGGACAUAGAAGCGGCAGCCACGGAUCACAGCACUACCUCCUACGUUGGUUUCUCCAGAACCCAACCGACCUGCUGUGUAGUAGACGGCGACCUGACCCCUUCGAAUCCCCCGGUCCCUGAGUCCGAAUUUCCCGGACCCGGUUCGCCCGGAUCUGGUUCGCCUAUACCUGGUUCGCCAAGACCCGGUUCGUCCUGUCCCUCGCCUCCGCGGGGACCGGACGACAGUAUGAACAUAAAGCAGGAGGUCCGGGAGGGUGAGUCCACGCCGGACGAAGAGUCCAAACCGGAGCCGCUGUCCGUCGAGCAGCUAUCGGCCGGGUCGGAGGUUCGGGUCUCCCUGGACCACAUCAUCGACGACGCCUUGGUGGUGUCCUUCCGGCUCGGGGAGAAGGUGUUCUCGGGGGUCCUGAUGGACCUGUCCCGCAGGUUCGGCCCCUACGGGAUCCCCAUCACGGUGUUUCCUGAGAGGAGCAAGCCGGCCCCCUCGCCGGCCCCCCCGCCGUCACAGGAAGCGGACGGCGACGGCGCCGACGCCGAGGCGCUGCCGCCUCCGCCGCCCCGGACCUCCAAGCCCCCGCCCCUGUUCCAGGACGGCGCCCCGUACCCCCCGCCCCUCCUCAUCAGGGACUCCUACAACCAGGCCUUACCUCAGCCCCCUCCCCGCAAAAUCAAGCGGCCGAAGCGGCGCUACCGCUUCGAGGACCCGCCCACCUCCAUCAUGAACGCCAUCAAGCUCCGCCCCCGCCAGCUGCUGUGUGACAAGUGCAAGGGGCUGGUCUCGACCGGCGGGGGCGGGGCCCCGCGGGAGGCCCGGCGGGGGGGGGGGGGAGGAGGAGGGGGAGGCGCAGAGGAGGCGUCGCGGAGGAGAAGACACACGGACGCCGCCUCCGCCUCCUCCACGGCCGCCAAGCAACUGAGGACUGAGGUGAAGCCGCCGCCGCCCUCGUGCUCGGGCCGCGUGCUACGGGCCCCGCCCACCCGGCGCCUGAAGGCCACGCGGCCCGUCCUGAAGAAGCCCCGGGGGGGCGCGCGGGCCUUGACGCGGGCGGCGGCCCUGCAGGAGGCCACGCAGCACCAGAAGGUCCACUUCACGCGGCGGCUCCAGCAGCUGGGGCCCCCGCCGCGGGCCCCGCUGCCCCCCCGCCUCCGCAUCAAACCUCAAAGCGUGGCCGUGGUGCUGAAGGAGCAGCAGGAGGAGGCGGGGGGGGAGGGCCCUGGCUCUGAGGACGGCCCCGCCCCCGGCUCCGCCCCCCCGGGGGAGGGGCGGAGCCGGAGCGGGCGGCGCUGCGGGGCGGAGCGGGGCGUGUGCGUGGGGGACAUCGUGUGGGCCAAGAUCUCGGGGUUCCCCUGGUGGCCGGCCCAGGUGCUGGCCCUCAGCGGGGGGGGGGGCGGCGGCGGCGGGGGGGCCCGGCGCGAGGAGGAGGCGCGCGUGGCCUGGUUCGGCUCGCCCACCACCUCCUUCCUCCCCGUCGCCCAGCUGGCGCCCUUCCUGGAGAGCUUCCAGAGCCGCUUCGACAGGAAGAGGCGCGGCCCGUACCGCCGCGCCGUCACCGAGGCGGCGCGCGCGGCCACGCCCCUCCCCCCGGGGGUCCGCUCGCUGCUCACCCAGCUGGAGGCCUGAGACACACACACACACACACACACACACACACACACACACACACACACACACACACACACACACACACACACACACACACACACACACACACACACACACACACACACACACACACACACACACACACAGGCUCCGAGCGCUGGUUCCUGGUUGCAGUUGCAGCCCAUUGCCUUCUUCCUGAAGCCCCGCCCCCUUGUGGGCAGGGUAAGGGGGUUGGUUGUUGACCUCUGAACUCUGCUGAAGAACUGAACCCCCCCCUUCUUCCUCCUCCCCUCCCCCCACCAGAAUGCUGUGACGCGUCGUUAGAUCUGAUUGGUUCUCAUCUCUUGAUCUUCCUGUUAGAGGAGUGACCACAUCCUUCUGUCUGACCUCUGACCUUGGGACACAAUCCAACCCACCUUCCCUCACACUCAGUCCCACCAAACCCACCAGACGUUAGUGCAGCUCAGUGCCUCCAGUAAGUUAGGGUUAGUUUAGUAUGGUCCAGUACACUCAGGGUUAGUUAAGUAGGGUAGUGAAGGAGCUCCACUAGGGUCAGUUUAGUAGGGUGGGGUUGAGGUCUACCGAAGGGUUGAGGUCUAGGGUAGGGAUUAGGGGUGUGAACGGUUACAAAAAAAUGUAAACGGUUACACGACCCCUUUUUUCUUUUUUUCGUGUACACGAUCAACUUUUUUUUUUAUUAAUUAAUGAUUUAUUUUAUUUUUUGAAGUGGACCGCAGUCGCGCUAUAGGGGGAUUAUUUGAUUAUCAACACGGCGUUAAUGUUAUAACUAACAUUAAACUGUAAUCAGAAAACGCGGUUGUAUGCUAUAGAGUGUAGACCCUAUAGUAUCUGUGGUAUAAAGGCUGGGACGAAUUUCAAAUUAUAAAUAUGUACACUUAAUGUUGAAAGUAUAGACCGUCGCGAUUCCCAUUGAAACAAUGGCGCCGUGAUUAUUAUUUAUUUUUUCGGUUUUCUUUUUCAGAUUUUUCCUAAACGGUUAUGAUUUACUAACCGGUUACACGUGUACCCGUGCACACCCCUAGUAUGGAUUAGGUCUAGGGUAGGGAUGAGGUCUACCGUAGGUUUGAGGUCCAGGAUAGGGUUGAGGUCGUCUACUUUAGGAUUGAGGUCUAGGGUAGGGAUUAGGUCUAGGGUAGGGAUGAGGUCUACCGUAGGUUUGAGGUCCAGGUUAGGGUUGAGGUCUAGUAUAGGGUUGAGGUCGUCUACUUUAGGAUUGAGGUCUAGUGUAGGGAUCAGGUCUAGGGUAGGGAUUAGGUCUGGGGUAGGGUUGUGUACCAGGAAAGGGGUCUAUGGUAGGGUGGAGGUCCAGGGUUGAGUGCUAGGGUAGGGUUUAGGUUACGGUCGGGGUCUGGGUAGGGUUGAGGCCCAGGGUUGAGGUGACAGAGCGAUGUUGGAGGGAUGAUGCUCUGUUCUUAAUUUAUUCCCGGGAGCAUCUGUUUGCAGACAAGAGUACUGUUUACUCCCAGAUCAACGAUUGACUAAUUGUAUAAAUGUCUUUUUCUGAUGUUUAAAACAAAAAUAAAACCAACAAAAACAUAAAUAAAUAAAUAAAUAAAAUAAAGAGCUUCCAUACUUGUGGUCAUUUGGGUGGGGUGUGGAUAGUGAACAGAUUAUCUUACUGCAAACAGAUGAGUAGGUCAUGCUGUCGUCUCUGAAUACCCAGUACUCAUCCCUUACAGUCAGCCAUGAUUAGUUAUGUAGCAUAGUACAACUACUGUGGUCAAAAUAGUAUGGAGUUAUUUACAGUGCUAUGGUAGAACUGUGAUACUCCAUAGUGUUUUACCACAGCACUGUGGUAAAAUACUAUAGAGCAUCACAAUACUAGCACAGUGUUAACGACCAUGUAGGCAGGAGAUGGGGAAUCUAUGGUGAGUGCGAGAUGGAGGUGAU